AUGAGCGAGGAUAUUGGAGUGACCCGUUUCCGCGAGUAUUUGCAGGUUAAUACAGAACAACCAAAGCCAGAUUACGUUGCCUGUCGUGAUUUCCUGUUCAAGUAUGCUGACGAGUUAGGAAUCGAGAGAAGAUCGAUUGAAACAGCCCCAGGAACCUUCUUUGUCAUCAUGACUAUCCCAGGGUCUCGUCCAGAACUACAAUCCAUUAUGCUCUACUCUCACACAGAUGUGGUUCCAACUUUCCGCGAGUUUUGGACUCAUGAUCCUUACUCUGCGUUCAAGGAUGAACAGGGCAACAUCUUUGCUCGCGGAGCACAAGACAUGAAAUGUGUCGGAGUGCAGUACAUGGAAGCGUUGAGGAAUUGGUUCGCCAAAGGUGUUAAACAAUGGACUCGUACGAUUCACAUCGUUUGGGGGCCAGAUGAGGAGAUUGGACACAUUAAUGGAAUGAAGGGAUUUGCAGUGACGGAAGAGUUCAAAAAGCUGAACAUUGACUUUGCUCUCGAUGAAGGAAUCGCUUGUGAUGAUGACGUUUACAAGGUUUUCUAUGCGGAACGAAUCCCAUGGUGGGUGAAAGUCACGCUUCCAGGAAACCCAGGACACGGAUCCAAGUUUAUCGAGCAAACUGCAGUUGAGAAGCUACACAAGUUGAUCGCCAGCGUCGAUGAGUUCAGAAACGAGCAGAAGGCGUUGUUGGCUGGAAACCCAGAACUAACAGUUGGAGACGUCACAACUUCAAAUGUGACCAUUAUCAACGGAGGAGUUCAGGUCAAUGUUGUACCAGAGAAAUUCGAAGCAUACAUCGAUAUCCGUGUGACGCCACUGCAAGACUUGGACGUCAUCCGUGCUCGUGUUGAUCAGUGGGCGAAGGAUGCCGGAGAAGGUGUCACCUACGAGUUCAUGCAGUCCACUAAUCCAGCGGACAAGUCGACGGUCGAUUCCAAAACAUUCUCCAACUGCAAACUUAUUUCGCCUUCAACUAGAGAAGAUCCAUUUUGGGCGGCGAUCGAUGAUGGAUUGAAGAAAGAAGGGUGCAAGUACAAGAAAGAGAUCUUCAUCGGCGCCACAGAUUCCCGUUUCGUCAGAGCGCAAGGAAUUCGUGCUAUUGGCUUCUCGCCGAUUAUCAACACUCCGUCCCUUUUGCACGAUCACAACGAGUUUUUGAACGAGAAGACUUUCCUGAGAGGCGUUCAAAUCUAUGAGACUUUGAUUAACAACCUGGCCAACGUCAACUAA